AUGCAGAUUCAACGGGUCCCUUUCUUGGCAGCAUUAGCGCUUCUGUCGCUGCUGCAGUUGUCUUCCGCAGCCAAAUCUGCAACCAAAGGCGCCACAAGCACAGCACCCAAAGCCACGGAAUCUGCCCCUGCCUCCGGGACCACAAAGUCGAAAAUAAUCGCCAUAACCGUCGGCUCCCCCACCGUCAACAAAUCCCUCGUCUUCGUACCCGCCGACGUAAAAGCAAACCCAGGCGACAUCCUGCAGUUCCAGUUCUCGCAGAUAAACCACACCGUCACGCAAUCCACGUUCGCGGAGCCAUGCCAGCCGAUCCAAGCAUCAGACCCGACCGCGGCUGGGAUCCAUAGCGGCUUCGUGCCGGUGACGGCUGGUGCAAGCACGGUCACGACGUUUGAUGUCCCGGUGAAUGAUACGAAGUCGAUAUUCAUUUAUUGUGCGCAGGGCCCGCACUGUCAGUUGGGGAUGGUGAUGGCUGUUAAUGCAAAUGGAAACGAAACACUCGCAGCAUACAAAUCUGCAGCAGCGAAGGCAGAGAAGAACGUCCCUGCUGCUAACUGCAAGGGCGGCGUGAUGGGCUCCAUACCUGCUGCGGACGCGGUGCCUCCUCCUGUGUAA